UUAUUUUAAAACAUGGGAACAUGGUUAGGCAGAGAAAAGCUUGCUCUUUUCCUCCUCGAACAAUUUAUUUCCCUUUUCUGGAGGAGUGGAAACUCCUCUCCAGGGAGAGCUGAAAAUUUAUCAGCAAAAACGAGCAUCUCUGGCAUCUCACAGAAAUGGAUGCACUGAAAUGUGGAGUGAGUGGGAAAGCUGGAAGCAGGUGCCAAUCCUAGUUUGCCCAGAGAAGCUCUAUGCCAUUAGAACAGACUGGGCAAGGGGGAAGGAAGGCAGCUUUUUUGGUGGGCACCUGAAAAGCAAAGAAGUUCUUGCAGAUGCACAGCCAACCCAGGGCUCAACAGGGCAGUGCUUAUUGCAGCGGAUACAUCCUGAGUUAUUGUAAAAAGAGCAUCAACAAGCAUACCACUGGCUUGAAACUGAGGUGGGUUUUUUUUUAAUAGUGAUACCAGGAAUGUGUCCAAUAGUAGCCUUUUUCUGUUGCAGAGAUGUAAUGAGAAAUAUCAGUCAACUCACCCUCUUAACAAUAUCUUUUAGUCUCCUUUUCCACCUUGGCUGCUUAUUGUGCUUGUAGCCCAGUAACCCACAUGUCUUCUCUCUCCCACACAAUUCUAAAUGUUACGUGGAUUUCCAUUCCGUAAAUUCAUUACAGAAAUGUCUAUUCAAUUAAAUAAUUUAUAUUCUCAUAAAUCUAGUUUAUUACAGAAUAUUUUAUAGCCAUUAAAUUCACUAACAAAGAACAUAAUUUUGGAGACAGCUCCUGUGCAAUAUCUCAUACUAAGAGAAGUGUCAUAGACAGGUGCUUCGUUUCAUACAAUGAGCAAAAAAAAUCUGUGAAAUCUUUGCAAAUCCCAUUUCAAAACUGGGGUUUGAAAAAUCUUGGUCAUAAUAACUUAAAAUUCAAAUCAACACUAUGAAUCCUGAUUCUAUUUCCUUUCCCCUCAACAGCCAUCUUUCUACCCACCAGCUGAUGCAUGUUCUUGGGCAGCUCUGCUGGCAGAAAACCUGCCCCCCAGGUUUCCCCACCCACACUCCUGUGAGUGCCACCAGCACUGCAGCAAGUAGGAAAAGCUGCAAGGAAUCAGCACCUUGAUAAAUAUUUAGGUGUCUCUUCUAUGAUUAUGUGAGUCUUUCUGAUUCUCAUGUUAAGUUUGCUUUGCUUGCAAACUGGUUUUCAGGUAUUUCCAGGAGCAUUGACAUUUCCUUUAUUCCAUCCAGGGGGAUAACCUCACCCCUGCCUGUUGUAUGGGAUACACUGCUCACUGCCUUUCCAGCAAUUUAAAUCUCUUCCCUCUAUAAUCACAGUAGCUACGUCUUUGUUUGGCCUGUGUUUGUGUUGAGGAUUCUGUGCUGUUUCUGAAAGGCGUCACAGCCGGGGAAUCCCAAUGGAAUUGAGCACUUUAACUCCAAGCUAUUUUAUGGGGAAUUUUCAGCUGGCAUGUCGAUAAGGCUUUGCCAGCUGGAGUCCAAAGGCUAUGCCUGAUUUCCUGGCAACAGAGGCCAUUGCACCUGCCUUCAUCUUUCUUGGAGAGCACGAAAGAGAACUGUGAGAGCAGAAGCUGCUCCCCUCUCUCAUCAGGAGUGGAGGCACCAUGUGCAGCCUGCAUGAUGCCAAGGCUCUCUGCUUUAACUGGCUCUGUGUUACACACUGCAUGUCUUUGUGCAUCUGACAAAUUAUAUGACAGGUUACAGAUUAUUCUAAUCUGCCCUGCUACUCUUCUGGUAGCUGAGAAGGGAGCGCCUACCAUAUGUGCUGUGUUAUCCUAGCUAGUGUAUCCAACCUUGUUUAUCUGUCGCCUUCACACCUUAUGUUAUUCUGUGAUUCAAAACUGGUUUACCCUUAACUGUUUACAGUGAUUUGAACAAGAUAGACUUGUCAAACAGACAGGAAAAAAGGUUUAAUUGCUUAUUUCCCCUGGUCUCCUGGGGCUGGAUCUCUAGGAUUCCAUUAAAGUGAUUAAGGAGAGAAACAAAUGGCACAUGUGAACUGACUAGUUUCCUGGCUCUCCCAGCAAUUGUCCUUGUUGCAAAUUGACACCACUGAAUGUCCCAACUUUCAUCCUUUCCUAUCCCAUUUUUUUCUCUCAGCAGUAGAGAUGGACAGAAGGGAUGAGUUGUGUUUGAGAAUUACAGACUCAAAAGGCUUUUGUGCAGAGAAUUGUCUACUGCAUUACUGAUGUUAGGAAUACUUUUUGUAUUUGUUUUAUUGUUACAGGAAGCAUUUCACCCUGCGACAUCAUUCCACAUCUUCCUCCAUAAGAUCUUGUGAAAAACUUACAUAAACAGACUUUGUCUUAGCAGUCAGGCAUUCCUUCCUUAGAAACCUGGCAGGGUGGAGAGCAGCAUGUGCAGCCUGUGCAGGGCAGGGUGUUCUUUGGCUUUGGAAUGAGUCACAAAGCCUGAUUUAAAGAAUUCAUGCUUAGUAAUGUGACAGCUGUGAUGAUGGGUCUGCAGCAAGGAAACAGCUAAGGGACAUGUUAAAUCACAUGGGGAAAAGCAGAUCUUGGCUGCAAAUAAGUGUGUUGGUUUUCACCCAUUUUGAUGAAACGAAAGCUGUGUUGACCUGUUACAUUUGUUCAACACUAGACUCAUAGUUGGUGAAUCAGUACUGUAGAUUUAGAGUCAAUGAGGCAGUUCACAGUUAUAUCUGAAGAUCUUGAAAAGAGGAGGGGACAAGAGUAAUAAGGAUGAAUGACAUGGUGAGAACAUUUUUUAAAAAUGCUGUAGUUGAAUUGAUUUAUGCAGUAACUUACAUUAACUAGCAAAAUUGGCAUCAUGCAACUUUCCCUUUCAAAGGAAGCUGAGGAAACAAGCGAGGUGAGAACUCUGAACAAAUACCUCUUCUACCCAGUCUUGUGUCUGGUACUGAUGCUUUCUGUCCUGUAUGCUCGACCAUUUGAUUUAUGGUGUUUUGCAGUCAGUUUCUGAAGCGUGUAAAGGGUCAGAGCAGCUGUGGCCAAGAGCAAUAAUUUCUCUCUUUCUCUGCAUGAUUGCCUGCCUGUCUUUUAGGAGUUUCAUAUAGGAAUAUACUGUAUUAUAUACAAAUACAUUCUACAUAUAUCUAAAGUCAGAAUUAAGCAGCAAGCAAUUGGUCUGGCUGGACGUGCACGUGGAUCUGCUUACGGAAAGCAGGGCUGGGACACAGGUAGUCUUCCAUAUCCCGUUUUCUUCUACACUGGUAAAGCUGCUGUUCCAGGUGUUGUUUUCCUCAUCUGCUUAUUGUGAGUCAGUGAUUCUGGACUGGAAAAUUCUGAUGCUGGGCCUGAAUUUGAAGUUCAUAAUUCAGCUUUUUAUUUUUAUGCUGCUACUCAGAUGCCCUGAUGUUUCAAUGGAGUUGCACAAAUGCUGUGUAUUCUGACUCCCCAAGAAGAAGAAUUACAUUUGUGUGAACUUCUUAUGGAUCUGUGAAGGAAGUGCAGAAUUACUAUCUCUUGUGUCUUUGACUUCGUAGUUUCAAUGUAGAUUUCUGACUUCAUCCAUAACCAGAUACAGAUAGUUGAACUGUGUGUAAGUUGGAUGCCACGCUGGGUUCAACUCGGGCUCUCUGGCACUAUGCUAGUUUGGAAAACAUCUACCACUGGAAGUAGCCAGGUCAAAAUAUGCUUGGGCACAUUUUCUCCCUCUGAAAACCCUGCAGAUAUUCCUCCAGUGAUUACAAAGGCGUGUUACCCAGAUGUGGCCUUACCCUGUUUAGGUAUAGCAGAGUGUAAAACCUGAGAAGGAACUGAAGAACGCUAUUGCACUACAGAAGAUAUUUUGGGUUUCCUGGCCAAAAGCUCCUAUGGGGCCGGCAUGUACUUUGCAACCAAACUGGGGCCUUCUGCUGAGGAAGAGUAGAGCAUGCUGAGGCAGUGUGCACACAGCCUGAGAGAAAAGCACACGUAAUGUAAUUAAAGGAAUUUAAUUAGCCCAUGAAAAUAUCGGUCACCAGUACAACAUGAUGCUUCUCAAACUAGACUAUGAUAGGAGGUUGAAUGAUGGGGUUUAGGAAAAAAAAAAACCAAACCAAAACAAAACAAAAAAAACCAACAAACAAAUAAAGAAAAAACCCAACUAGCUUGUUUUAAGUAGAUUUAAUGCAAAAUUAAGGUAAAGCCUAAGAGGAACAAAGCGCUUUAAGAGUUAUUAUGUUUUAUGUAUUCUUUGAUUCAUCCCAGCCCCAAGAAAUAAACCCAUUCUUGACAGUGGUUAACAAGAAAGUUGUGGUACUUCUUUUUCACAGAUGGGGGAUAGUAGAUUAAAGCUGCAUUUAUUUUUUCCAGUCAUUGUUGGAAGUAAAAAAGUUACCUUUUUUCCUGGUUAACUUUUUUAUUUCUUGUUCCUGUCUUCAUGUAUGUUUUGUGGUUUUGCUGUAGCUUUUUUGGUGUAGCUUUGAAAAUUUCAGUGUCUCAAGGAAGAAACGCUUGAUCAAAUUCUGUGCUCGGAUACUUGGGGGGAAAUAAGUCAGAGAAAUAUGUUGACUUCGCUGAUGUGAAGUUGGAGUAACCCACUGAAAUAACCCGGUACAAACCAACAGAAAUUUAUCCUGUUCUCUUUGUUCGUUUGUAAAUUGACUUGUUUAGUUAUGUGGCCACAUAACUAAAACACAGCUGUUUGUUUUCAAUUGAUUUCAAUUCAAGGCAGAGGAUCCAUCCUCUUCCAAAGUGGGGGGACCAAAGCAGCACUUGUCUUUUGCUAAAAUACUCAAAACUGUGAUGUAAAACGAAAAACCACUGCGGUGUUGCAAUGCUCUGACUUUGCAGAAUUAUCCUUUCUGUUGAUCCAAGUGUUUGGCUGCAGAUCCUUAAAGAGAGCGGAGGUUGGGACGCGGGUGGCUUUGCUGUGUGAGCGUGGCGCGUCCCGGCGAGCGGCACCCCGCGCUGGUGGCCAUGGCGAGCUGGGCUCUGCUCGGGGUUGCCCCGCGUUGGUGGCCAUGGCGAGCUGGGCUCUGCUCGGGGUUGCCCCGCGCUCAUGGCCAUGGCGAGCUGGGCUGCUCGGGGUUGCCCCGCGCUCAUGGCCAUGGCGAGCUGGGCGCUGCUCGGGGUUGCCCCGCGCCGCCGCUCGCUCGCUCUUUGACCCCGCUCCCUCCUCCUCCGAGGCGUGCGCUCGCCAGCCGCGUCCUCACCCGCGCCGCUCUGUCUCCCCACCUGCAGACAAGAAAAAGGCAGGCAAGUUCCAGCCUUUCAAGAAGCUCUUCGGCCGGAGGAAGAAAAGAGAGCCCGCCUCAGAGUGCGAGGAGCCCAAGCUGAAGCCCAGCCACUCGUUCGGCAACAUCUGCAGCGGAUCCUCCUCCUCGGAUGAGGAGGCGAGCAGCGGGCUGAGAUCCUCCCAUUAUUCUAUGGGCAGUCGAGCUUUUUCCCAUGACAGUAUUUUCAUACCUGAUGGGAGAACAGAGAGUGAACAGGCCAUCCAAGCAAUGUCACAGGAGAACGUUUUAGGAAAAGUCAAAAUUCUUCAGCAACAGUUGGCCAAAAAUAUAAAAUUUGGGCAGCCUCCACAAAUGACAGUUUCUGCAAGGACAAUGGGGGAAGCAAACGCCAGUACAGAAGAUGAUGUGUUGCUCAGCAGCCCCAUGGAGAUUGAGACCCAGCAGGACACAGUGAUCUCAGACUGCAGUAAUAAAUCCACUGACGCUCCAGAUUUAUUGAGAAAAAUGAAUUUCCUUGGACCGGGACAUGAAAUGGAAGAAAAGGUCACUCCAUUUAAAUCAGCUCGGCCAAAAAGACAGUAUUCCUGUUCUGGCACAAUUGAAACCAUCAAUUUGGAUUCAGUUCCCCAGGCUCUUGCUCGUCUAGACAACAGUGCAGCUAAGCACAAACUGUCAGUGAAGCCAAAAAAGCAGAGGAUGUCAAGACAGCACAAGAGAUUGACAAAGGGAUCACAAAGUUUAACAAUAACAGAAUUUGAGCCAGAGGAUCUAGAAACUCAGCUGUAUGAGGACAUAUACCCAGGUUAUAAUGGACGCUUCACAGCAGACAAGCUAAUCCAGGACAGAGAUGAGCAGAAGCAGCUUCAGCUGGCAGAGGAAAAAAGAAUUGAAGAUCACUGGGGUAUCCUUGAAGCUGAAAGGAUAAGACAGAUUGUAGAAAUGGAAGAACAAAGAGAAAUGGAAGAAAGAAGGUGCCAAGAACUUGAGGAGAUGCGGAAAGAACAGGAAAAAAGACGCUGUGAAGAAGAGAGGGGGCAAUACCUCCUUGAAGGAGAGACAUCUUUGAAAAUAGAAGAGCUAACAUGCCAUAAAGAGGAAAGAAGACUGAUGAAGGCUGAAAAAAGGCAAGAGCUGGAGGAACAGAUGCAGAAGGAGUUGGAGGAUCAACAAAGACAAGACCUGGAGGAGCAGAAGCUCAAGGAACAGGAGGAACAACAGAGACAAGUGCUGGAGGUGCAGAAGCUCAAGGAACAGGAGGAACAACAGAGACAAAAGUUGGAGGAGCAGAAGCUCAAGGAACAGGAAGAAAAACAGAGACAAAAGUUGGAGGAGCAGAAACUCAAGGAACAGGAGGAACAGAGACAAAAGUUGGAGGAACAGAAGCUCAAGGAACAGGAGGAACAACAGAGACAAAAGUUGGAGGAGCAGAAACUCAAGGAACAGGAGGAACAACAGAGACAAAAGUUGGAGGAGCAGAAGCUCAAGGAACAAGAAGAGCAACAGAGACAAGAGCUGGAAGUGCAGAAGCUCAAGGAACAGGAGGAACAACAGAGACGAGAGCUAGAAGUGCAGAAGCUCAAGGAACAAGAAGAGCAACAGAGACGAGAGCUGAAGGUGCAGCGGCACCAGCAAUGGGAGGAACAGCAGAGACUAAAGCAGGAGGAAGAGAAGCACCAGGAACAGGAACAGCAACAGAGUCAAAAGCUAGAGGAGCAGAAGCACCAGGAAUGGGAAGAGCAAAGACAUCAGGAACUGGAGGAGGAGAAGCAUCAGGAAUGGGAAGAGCAGAAGCACAAGGAUCUGGAGGAGAAACAGAGACAAGAGCUGGAGGAGCAGAAGAUGCUAGCACUGGAAGAAUUAAGGCCCCGUAGGACUGAAAAAGACAGUCAAAAGGAAGAAGAAAGAAACUGGCUUGAGGAACCAAAAGAGUUCAAGAAACAAAACAAGGAGGAAAUACAGCGACAAGAACAAGAAGAGAAAGAGCUUGAAGAAGUUGAAAUAAAACUGAAGCAGGAGAAAGAGCCUGAGAGCCUCAAACAAGAGAAGAAACAGGAGAAACGACAGGAUUUGAAGGAGAAUGAAAAGACAGAGAAGGAACAACCCCAGCAAGUGAUGGAUAAGAAAAAGAAAUGGGAAGAGCAGAGGAAACACAAACUCACAAAACAAAUGCACAUGGAAAGUUCAGACUUUAUUCUACAAGAUGAACUGAAGCAGCAAAAGGAGCAAAAUGGUCAGGAAUGGAACAAGCUGAAACAGCAGAAGGUAGCCGCAGAAGGACAAAAUCUUCAGCCAAAACAAGAAAAAUCCUUGGAACAGCCAGAGGAAAAAGAUCAGUUGUGUUCUGCUGGAGGGGCUGAUAGGCAUCCAGCAGAGGAAAAGCUCCAAGAAGGAUCAAGUUCCCAAAAAGUCAAACAGCCAGAAAAAGGGACUAAAACAGCAGAAGAAAUGCUAGCCCAGAAACUGAAGAGAGAAGUUGAGGCUCAGGAGCAAAAACGAAUAGGGGAAGAACUUCGGUGGCAAGAGGUAGAUGAAAGACAAACGGCAUCCAGACCCUUCACAUUUCAAGUGUCUUCUGGAGAUAAACAGAUCAUAUUUCAGAAAGUAAAUCUGAGUCCUGUUAUGCCCAUCAAAGGAGCAGGAUUGUCUUCUCCAUCUGUCAAAGACUGCAGGGUGCAGACUACCAGUAAGGGCUCUCAUUCCCUCCCAUCAUCUGUGUGUGUACCCCACACAGCUAUUCUGGUUACUGGAGCACAGCUGUGUGGCACAGCAGUGAAUUUGAACCAGAUUAAGGACACGGCUUGCAAAUCAUUACUCGGCUUAACAGAAGAGAGGAAAAAUGUGGAUAUUCCCUCUCCAGAGAAGACCGAGAGAAAAAAACAGGAUCCCAAACCCAGCAGCAGUAAAAUGAAACACGCUCAAGAGGCAUUGAACAACCAGGCUGUACUGGCUGAGUGGGCAUCUAUCCGCUCCAGAAUCCUAAAGAAUGCAGAAAACAACAAAUACAAUGAGAGAGACCGAGGAACUGUCUGCAGGCACAGUGAUGACUGGACACCCCGAGGACGCGGCGCUCCCCAUGGUAACUUGAGGAAAACCCUCUCUGCAAAUGCAAAGUUCUCGAUAACACCUGCAUGGCAGAAAUUUUCAGAUGUUUCAAAAACCAGUUCAGAUGCUGAGACUGUAAAUGUGGCAAAAGGCAAUGAAACAGUGGCUGUGGGGAGAACCACUGGCUCAUCUGCUGAUACAAAGGAGGAUGUGGUUUCCACUUUUAAGGAUAACUUAGGUGAAAAGCCUAAGGAGAAAAUGGAAACCCAUAGGGAAGUGACAGACAGCACUGAAGGCUGUAAAUUUGCGAAAGAUCUUCCCUCAUUCCUUGUUCCAAGUUUUCCACAUUCUGUGGGGAAGGAAUUACCCCAGCCAGAACUUCCCAAUGCUCUGGAAAAUCAGCAGAAUAACAGCACAAAAAAAGCAGAUAAACCACCACCAAAUGGAGAAGAAAAUGUUUCUCCUUUUGGGAUAAAGUUACGAAGAACAAACUACUCUUUACGUUUUCAUUAUGAUCAACAGGCAGAACAAAAGAAAAAGAAAAGAUACAGUGCAGGAGACAGUUUUGAUGGUGUGCCUGACCCACUCACCUCAGCAGAAGGUGAGAAAGAAUCCUCUGUUUUCACUCCACAAGAAAGUACCUCUCCUGGCACUGGGAGAGCAAACAUUCCUGGUAAUUUAAAAGACUCUUCAGUUACUGUGGUGGAGUUUUCACCACCUGUGGGCACAUCAGUGGUCCCACCAGGCACUGGCCAGAGUGCUCCACCUGCCCAUGAGAAACCAGCAGGCAAGUCACUGGUCCCACAGAAACCUGCUUUAGCUCCAAAGCCCACCAGCCAGACCCCACCAUCAUCUCCCCUCUCUAAAAUGAACAGAUCUAACCUGUCUGAAAUGCUGGGGCAAAGGGUGGUUAAAGCUGAAUCAGAUGGUGGCUGGAGAAAAGAAGACAGAGUAAAUGCAGCCCAACCCAUACCAUCCAAUGACUGCAAAAAUGAAGAGGAAGAAAUCAAAGAAAAGAAGUCAUUUUUCCCAUCUCUAAGUAUUCCAUGGAGAGAAAAAAAUGACAAAAAGCCUGAGCCAUUGAAGAAAGAAAAGCCUGUCCUUCAGAGCAGGCACUCUUUAGAUGGCUCAAAGUUGUUGGAAAAAGUGGAAACUUCACAGCCACUUUGGAUUACAUUAGCACUGCAAAAGCAAAAGGGAUUUCGUGAGCAGCAAGCUACGAGGGAGGAGAGAAGACAAGCCAGAGAGGCAAAGCAAGCGGAGAAACUGGCUAAAGAAAAUGCUGCUGUAAGUAAUCAGUCAGAUAAUAAAAGCAGCAGCAGCAAAACGAGCACACUGCAGAAAUCUACAACUCAAGAAGGAGAGAAGAAAAUUGAGACUGCUGUGUCAAGACUAGAAAGAAGGGAGCAUCUAAAAAAGUCGAACACCCUUCCAACUUCUGUGACAGUGGAAAUUUCAGAUUCUGUUCCAUCAACCCCAGUGACAAAGGAGGUGGCCAAGAGAUUCUCUACACCUGAUGCUAACCCAGUGUCAACAGAACCAGCCUGGCUUGCAUUAGCCAAGAGGAAAGCAAAAGCCUGGAGUGACUGUCCACAGAUCAUAAAGUAAACUGUGAAGUUACAUCUCUAUUGCUGACAAUUAAUUGCUUUCUUUUAUUUAUUCUGCUUUUUACACAUGACAAAACUGAAAAUGCAUGUAUUGGAAGGACUGAAAACUGAACUGAUUACCAUUUUGCUCUAGCUCACUGUAAAGCCUACUCAAGUCAUAUAUUCCAUUGCUUUGACAAAUGCUAAAGGAGAUCAUAUCAAAAAUCUCUCAACCAGACUCUCUCAAAAACUUGAGUGCUCACAUACUGGAUGUAAAUUUUAGCAGGUAUCAUAAGGGCCAGAACAGAAUAAGGGUUCAGAAGUUUCCUCAAUUCUGUUGGUAUUCAGGUCUGGAAUUUUAGAUCUCCAUGUUUGAGAUCUCAGAAAGUUUUUCAGAACUUCGUUGUUGAAAUUAAGGAAAGAUGCAUGUUUUCUUCUUUUAAGUCAUAAUUUAUUUAAACAUGUUAAACUGUAUGAACUGCCAGUUCUGCCUGCUAUUUGAAAGCUUUUUCACUAUGGAAGAGCUUCAGGAUACACUGUUCCACAUGCAAAUGGUAAGUAGAUGGUACCAUCCAAAUGCUGAGGUAAUUUCUUUAAUCAUAGGAUUAAUACACUACAUUUAUAUGCCCUCACUUCUAAGAAGAAAACAAUCCUACUUAAAAAGCCACAAUUUUUUUUAAACAAAGAUCAUUAAGUUCUCAGAAGUCAGGGAUUCACUGCUUCUUCUAGUCAUUUAAGUGCAUCACUGUUUGUGCUUGGCCAUAUUUAUGCUGCACAGAGACAGUGAUUGUGGACUGCAACUCUAAAUCAAUUGACUGGAAUGAAACCAUUCCUGUGCGAAUGCAAAUUCUUCUAGAAUUUGUCUCAGUAAGUUCCCACAGGAGCAGGGCUGGCAGAACUGAAGUGAGAACUGAAAGCUAAGUCAGUGAGAGUUUUAGGAGUUUUAACUCGCAUUCUAACCAAUUUUACUCCACAUGCAACUUCAGGAAGUUCAGGUAACUUCCUGUACUUUGACCAGUAGAGCCAGAACACUUCAAAAAGAGGUUUACUGACCCCAUCUCAGGUAUCUGGUGUGGCAAUUGAACACUUUACUACUUCAUGUAACUAAAAGAGAAAUGUCCACCCCUCCCUCUUACAAAGAAAGAAUAAAGUCCAUAAAUGUAAUUAAAACGUCACUAUCCUAACAUCCCACAGAAAUCUCUAGGUUUGCAUUUUAAAAUGUCACCUUAUUAAAUAAAUCAACUGAGUUUGUUUUACAAGGGAGACUUUAAAAACAUUUGAAACUCUCCUUCUUACAACCAUAAGGCUCAAAGGUACUUUUAAGCCUACAACAUCAUAAAGGGAGACAUUUUCAUGAAAAGAAAUUACAUCAUUAUAGAAUGAUAACAUAUGCUUCAUGGAAGUGUUUUAGCCAAACUGCUGUAAGCAGCAUGAGAAACAGCAUUUUAAACUAUGCAGAAAACAGAAUGAAACCUGUUAUACACUCUGUUCCCAGAAUCUAAAAGGAGUUUCAGCAAAAGUCAUUGUCAAGUACAGCCUUUCCCAUGGAACAGAAAACAGGGGCUCAGUGUCAUGGUUACAGUAGCACAAACACAAUGGGUGUGCUAGUACAUGUGCAGCAGCAAGAUGGGCUUUCUGGGGUGUCUUGAGCCAUCAGUUUUGCUCAGUUUCAUAUUUAAAACCAGAAUAUCUAAAGUAACCUUUACCAUUAAUAUAAGUAAUGAAUAUGGUUUAAGCAGAAAUGAGACAAUGCUGCUCUCAAAUGCUUGGGAAAAAACUUAAUGUCUUCAAAAUCUGAAGAAAGAACUGGCCCUGUAAUUAACUUUUGCUCUGCUAGCACCAGGAAUUAGUGCAUCUUAAAUUUAUAUUUUUUCCAAGUUUAUUUGCCUGCAGUAUGGAUAUGUAAUAACUAAAUUGCCUGAAAUCCAUCUUUACAAUUGGGAGGGGGAGCCAGGUAGAAAUACAGAGAAGGUGAAAUAAAUCAGGAUUAAAAAUACUGGUAUUUUGAAAAGCAUAGCAAAAUUAGGUGCUAUUGUGCAUGACAUAACGAUGCAAUUUUCCAAUACAAUCCAUUUAUAGCACAUAGAAUAGAGCUUUCAUUAAGGAUGGUCCUAAGCUAAAGCUUCAAAGCAGAGGAUUUUUUUCAACCAUAAAGGUAUCUAGUGUAACAAUGGAAACUGUAUUAUGUACAGUACUUGAUGGAAACAUUUCUAAAGUGUACAUGUGCAACAGUGACAUUUCAUGUGAAAACAAAGAUUUGCACUAAAUACCAAUGAAGUGAAGUGUUACUUUGCUUUAGCUUUGUUGCAACCAUUUCUGAUAAAGUAUUGGAAAUCUGUAAAAAUAAAUCCAAAACUACUACCAGUUUAAAACAGCAAAAAUGUUUUAAGAACCGAAUAAACCACUAUGUAGUAUAUUGUCUCAAUUUUUUGUAACUUAUACAAACACGAAAUACCAUUUCUUUUGACAAGGUUAUAUAUGAUUAACCUCUAUGUUCAUAUAGUAAUGUAUAAAAACUACAAGAUGUAUAAUUGUGGGGUAUUUGUUGUGUACUUUUUUAAUUUUUCAAAUGUUUUAAAGUGCAAUUGUUUAUUAUACUGUCAUUUUAAUUCUUAUUAAACUAUAACCUGGUCAAAAUUA